AUGACUCAGAACUAUGAUGCUCAGGCUCCUUGGGGCUUCCAUACAGGAAAUGCAAUCCAGCCACAAGGGCAAACAACACCACAGCCAUUUUUACAGCAACAACAGCAACAGCAUCAACAACAAUUAAUUAAUGAACAAAAAGAGCGAUUGACACCACAUAAAAAUGAAGCCUUUAUGACAUCUAAGCAGCCUCACUCGAAUCAGCAGAUGACCUACACUUCAAAACCAUCAAUAUUUUAUCCUCAAAACCACGAUGUUCAGGCUCCUUGGGGCAUAUAUCCAUUCAUCCAGCAGCAAGGGCAUACAACACCACAACCAACUCAACAGCAACAUCAGCAACAACACUUAAUGACGGGACAAAAUGAGCGAUUGACACCAUAUCGAAAUGAUGCUUAUAUGCCUUCUCAGCUACCAACAUUUAAUCAGUACAUGGCAGCUCCUUCAAGUAAAGGAUGGGAUUCUUUAGGCUACAAAACACGACAGCAUUUACCACCUUUGAUAAAGUUAGAUGGCUCUAUGGAAAAUAUGUCUGCCUCUCCAGCUAGUCCUAUGAGAAACAUGUCCGCCUCUCAUGCUGGCUCUAUGGGAAACAUGUCUGCCUCUCCUGCUGGUCCUAUGGGAAGCAUGUCCGCAUCUCCUGCUGGUCCUAUGAGAAACAUGUCCAGCUCUCCUGCUGGCUCUAUGGGAAACAUGUCUCCCUCUCCUUCUGGUACUAUGGGAAACAUGUCCGCAUCUCCUGCUGGUCCUAUGGGAAACAUGUCUCCCUCUCCUGCUGGUCCUAUGGGAAACAUGUCCGACUUUCCUGCUGGUACUAUUGGAAACAUGUCUGCAUCUCCUGCGGGUCCUAUGGGAAACAUGUCCGCCUCUCCUGCUGGUCCUAUGGGAAACAUGUCCGCCUCACCUUCUAGUCCUUUGAGAAACAUGUCCACCUCUCCCGCUCAUCCUAAGGGGAACAUGUCUGCAUCUCAUGCUGGUCCUAUUGGAAACCUUUCUGCCUCUCCUAAUGACUCUAUAGGAAAUGAUCAUAGAAUUCUUCAUGAUCUUAAUCAAAGACCUUGUAGCCAACCUUUAGAUCCGAUUGAUGACAGAUUUUCACAGUUUCCGAUGAUUAUAGCUGAGAAGAGGAAUUAUGACGAUAGUAUCGGGGAGAUCGGAAACUGCAUCCUUGCAAAACGCCCAAAGACGGAUGCAUACACUGACCCUCUUGGUACUUCUGUUAAUUAUAAGGAUUUGUCUGGAGAUGAAGAUCGACGGUUGGAUUCCGGAAACAAUAAAGAUCCGUUAUCAGAUUUAACAAAGGAUCAGCGUAUCGUUCUCUACACCUUGUUCUUAUGUCAGGAUUACAUUGGUAAAAUCUGUAUAGAUGGCGACGACUGUAUUGGUGACAUUGAUGUCGGGGAGAUAAUAAAGGAGCUAAGGAAUAAAGGUCUGGUGGAACCUAGAAUUCCAGGUGACAGGGUGUACAUUUCAUUCGAGAAAAGACCUCACAUAAUGAAAUCCUAUAGAGAAAACUGCCUGCUGAGUGAAAUAGACAAGGACUUCUUCAUACAGGUAGCCUCAAAUGGAUCCAUAGGAAAAUAUGCUGAGGAGUACUGCCGUCAUGUAGAUGGUUCUAGAAAAUCAGAGGACAUCGGUCCUAUAACAAUGAUGAGACUGAUUGUGGAGGGUCGCGGAAACGAGUUACCCUCCUCUGUAAAAGACGAAGUUCCUGCAUUUCUCAUAGAUGACGAGAAAGAAUUGGGGAAGUUUGUAAAAUUUUGGUGCAAAGCUAGAAAUGCAGACCCUGUGACAUUGUCGGACCAAAUUCCUGAUGAGAAAAUUAAAAAAUUUUAUUCUGCUUUUACCAUCCUUUCAGGACUUAAGAAUGAAUUAAUGGAAAUGCAUUUUUCAAAGAAAAAAUGGAGUAUAUUGAUAUCCAUACUAAUGUCAGAGAGCUAUUCCGUUUGUGUAAAUAUGCCAUGGGAGGAAAAGCGAAAAGAAAUUCAACAAACAUUUAUAUCAUUGCAAGAUGUUAAGGAGGAAAGAGCCGACGAAGAUCUGGUCCUCCUAAAGGAAUUAGAACACUGUGACAUAUUGUUAACUGUAGAUAGAGAGAACAAAUAUCUGUACUUUGUAUCAGAGGAGGUCCGACAUCAGGUGAUGGGAUACUUUGUUUUGAAUUGCUUAGAAAGUAAGGAAGAUUACGAGAACUUCCUAAAUCUAUCCUCAGUGGACUCACUAUUUGAAUAUGCGCGCCCAUUGAGGUACAAAAGAAAUGUGACAGAACGCUGUAUGUACCUACCAAAGGGGACGGAAGAGUUAUUAAUAAGAAGGCUUGGUAUAGACGCCAUAUUGCAUGCAUCCAUUGGCAAUAAUGAUAUAGCAGAGGAAAUAUCUUCAAAACAUCUUUUUAAUCUGUCACUUCCUUCCUCCAAAAUGGGCAUACUUUGUACCAUCCUUUUGUCAAACGGUUACAAACUUUGCUUGAAGGAACAAUGGAAAGAUUCCAUCAAGGAAACUAGACAAACGUUUAAAGCAUUACAGAGUAAUGAGGCAGUGGAGGACGAAUUACUUAUUAAAGAAUUAGUGAACAAUGAUAAUAUGUUAAUGAAGGACGAUGUACUCAAUAAUGUGCAUUUCGCAAAAGAUGAUGUCCGCCAUCAAGUUAUGAGUUAUUUUGUCAGGACUUGUCUAGACACAGAUGAGGACUACAUAAACUACAUUGAUUUGUCCUCAGUGGACUCAUUAUUAGAGUAUGUACGCACAUGGAGGUUUGGAAAUGUUGAAGAGGAAAGGUGCUUACAUUUACCAGAGAGGAUGGAAGAUAAAUAUAUCAAGAAACUUGAUGUACAUAUCUUAUGUCAUGUCAAUAUGAAGGAGUUUCGGUGUGGGAUAACAGAACUGGCAAACAAUUUUUAUGAAGAGACUGAUGUACAUGUUCUUGGACCACAUAAAAACCCUGAAAAUUCUCCUACUGAAAAACAGCCAAGCUGUUUAGGAGAGUUCUCCUGCAAUAAAGCAGCCAAGCUGCUCAGGAAAAUCUUCCACCGACCUACGAGAUUCGUAGAAGGCCUCGUAGAAAAACUGCUUUCCCCUAACAAAAAAUACUAUAGUAAACUGUAG